AAAUGGGUAUUACUUUUUUAUUUGACAAAGGAUAGAAAUACUAAUGCUAGCCAAAAAUGUUUCCCUUCAUUAUAAUCAUGCGCCAAAUGUCUCUAGGCCAAUGGUGUGGUUCUCAGUCUCAUGUUGAGCUGGAUCAAUGUGCUUCAUUUCUAAAUUCAAACGCAAGCUUGCAUGAUCUUCAUAAAAGCGUUAAUACUUGAGGUUCAAAAGUGAGAAAUUGGCUAGUGAACUGUCAAACCUAAUUGUGUAACGGGAGCAUUUUCAGUUGGUUAGCAUCAACUUCAAAAGCUGUAUGACAUGUUGGUCAUCCUACAGAUUAAGGAAAGCAGGUUCUUUAGGACAAGUAUGGUAGGUAAAUGAGCAAUUUGUUCACUUUUUUGUAGUUGGAUUUGACGGGCAAGAAAAGCUAAAGAAAAUAUCCCUUUAGACGUAGGAAGCGUCUCGAAGUUGAACACAGUGAGACGAGCAAUUAAGUGGUGUACUAAAAAAAAAGCCCCAUCAAUGUAGAACAAUUUACAUUGCAAUCCUUAUUUUUUUGGGGGUGAGUUGGGCUAAGGUCGGACUACGUUGAGUGAACUGCUGAGUCUUGCUUCCUUAAUGUCCAGUUUGUUGUAGCCUCUCGAGUCGCUGGAGCAGAGCAUUCCCAAAGGCCUCUCUGUAUCCUGGACUUAGUGUGUCCAGAAGGGAGUAAAUGGUCUCGUGAUACUGGGUGCUUAAAUCUUCAUUCACUUCAUCAAAGGCAUAGCCCACCACCUAAUAAGACAAGUACAUUUAAUUGAACACACAUGCAAUAGGGAUUAGCCACAAAACAAAUGUGUCUUGUAGAGUGUCUUACCCUCAAUCCCGCCUCUGUGAGUUCAAGGCAAUAGCGAUUGGUCUCUCUUGUUUCCACAUUUAUGUACGCAACGUCCAAUGCGCUGUCGAGGCUUUGUGACACGUACAUUUCGUUCACGGCAAAGAGUACAUCACUGACCACGGCGUCCGCCUCCGAUCUCAUGUCCUUGACGCCUCCCAGCUCGAUGCCUUCUCUAAACGAGGAGGAGUCCUCUGGCUGGAAAUCCACUUCCAUCUCCUGAAGUCAAAGAGCAAUCACAGCAAUAAUGGUAGUAGCUUCAAUACAUUAAAUAAAAUCCGGUCGCCAUCAAUGCUUUUUGACAGGUCAAAUUUGUUACAUGUGGGAUAGUCAAUAUGAUUUUUUUUCACCCGAAGAAAUAUUUACUGAAUCUGCUUAGCAUCAGCCUAGCCAUCAAGACUCACUUAAUUAAAGCGUUUGACGAUGACGUAGUGGUACUUUUCAGUUAGAUAUCGUAAUAACCUCAGCCGUCCUGCAGCAACUCAACGGCGCGUUUUCAUGGCGUACAAGGAAAACAAUCGCACAGCUAGCAUUACCAAACACACGAAAGGCAAGAACUAAACAACGUGCAUCCAAUUCACCAGACCACGGCUUAUUGUGGAACAACAUUAUCUUACGAUCUUAAAGAAAGACACAAGUACCCUAUACGAUGUUAGAAUAUUAUACAUACAUAUACUAAACGAUGUAUGCAACUUUCUGCUGGCCCCCAGUUCUCCUCACCUCUUCGGGUACACUGCACGUCAGGCUAACCGGGUAAAUCGUCGCGGCGACACCGUUCCCGGUCAAAAGUAGCGCCAAUUAGCUGCUAAAAGUUAAUCCUGCAAACUGUAUUUCCAACAAACGAUGUUUCUGGUUGCAUCCUUGCACACAUAUAGUUAACAUGGGAGCUCUAGAGUGGAGUUGUUGUCCCGCACCGACUCAGCUUCGCCAUGUUGUGAUGACAUCAUGGCGGAAGAGAGCCCCUCGUCGCACAUCGAGCCGUUUCCGCCAUGUUUCGCUGACGUCACGGCCGGUCACAACAUGAGCCCUUCUAACGGCGCGCAGCCUCCACUGGCAGGGAGCCGCCGAAGUGUUUGUAAACAAGUCAAGCAGCAGCAGGCGGGGAGUGAAGCAACACCCCGGCCGAGGCCACCAUGACCCACGGUGCAGCAUACUGGAGUCGGAUCAACUGUCACACAUAUACCACAUUAUCAGCACAUAUUUUAAUGUGCCUCUAACCGUGAAGAAUGGAAGAUGUUUGAAUUCCUCAUUAACUGACUUCCAUAAAUCAACGGGAUGACAUCUUAUUUUAAUCCACGAUAAACAAAGUUUCUCUCUUUGCUUCAUCGUCUGCAACUCAGGAGUCACGGGUCUGUUUCAUUUGUUGGUACAGAAAGUUUGUCAAGAUGCCGUGGCCCUUUUCAGAGUCCAUUAAAAAGCGGGCUUGCAGAUAUCUUCUGCAUCGAUAUCUUGGCAACUUUCUCCAGGAGAAGCUGAGCCUGGAUCAGCUUAGCUUGGACCUCUAUCUGGGCACUGGGACGCUCGCACAAGUCCCCUUGGACAAAUGGUCCCUGAAUGAGCUGCUCGAAACGGCAGACGCCCCUGUGGAGGUUAUAGAAGGCUUCAUCCAGACCAUCUCGCUCACAGUGCCAUGGGCUGCUCUGCUGCAGGAGAACUGUGCUCUGGAGGUCAGAGGCCUGGAGAUGGUGUUCAGACCCAGGCCAAGAAUGGGUACUGGUAUGGAACCCAUGUACUGGUCUAGUUUCAUGACCAGCAGUAUGCAGCUCGCCAAGGAGUGUCUGAGCCAGAGGCUAACCGAUGACAUAGGGGAGAGCUUCCAGCCCUUUGAAGGGUUGGAGAAGUUUGCAGAAACCAUAGAAACAGUUCUCAGAAGGGUCAAGGUGACAUUUCUGGAUACAAUCCUCAGAAUUGAGCACGUGCCUGAUAAUUCCAAGACCGGUAUUGCUCUUGAGAUUCGGAUCAACAAGAUUGUUUACUGCGACGAAACAGAUGAAGACAGCUCCAGCGUGGACGUGCACCAGCCCACCACGUUCGCUCGUAAAAACUUUCAGAUGGAAGGCGUCACGGUUUUCUGGGACGAGUUCUCCGAGGCCUCCCGAGCUGGGCUCAAGUCCUCGCCUCCCCCUGCUGAGAUGGAGGCCAAGCUCUCGCCCAGUUGGAAUCCAAGAAUAAUAUGUGAGCCUCAUCCGCAGUUCACAGAGCCUGUGGCUUCUGCCGCGGCCUUCGAACCCAUACAGAUUGGGUGCCUUGGUGGUAAAACCGAGCUGUCUCUCACGCUGAAGCACAACCUGGCCUUGCCUGGAGCAAAGUUGGACGUCGAUGGACACAUCGACUCUGUCAUCGUUCUGCUGUCCCCGCGCCAAGUCCAUCUUCUUCUGGACAUGGUUGGAGCUUUCUCAGGGGGAGGAGGAGCUCAGGAAUGGUCCAAGGACAGGAAGAGUCGACCAAUACAGCAGGAGGAUGAGUACCGCCUGCACAUGGAGCUCAACCGCUGUCUGAAGAAGGACACGGACCUCCCCGGCGGGGACCCCGACCUCUUCCAGAGCCACGCCACACGAGCCACGUCCAGCCGAGAGGAUGUGUUCUUCUCAAUGGCUGACAUGGACAUGUCACACAGCCUGUCGUCCCUUCCCCCGCUUGGGGAGCCGCCCACAGUGGACCUGGACCUCUCACUCAACAGCAACUAUUCCGGCUCCCCUGGAGUGUCUCCCUCUGGCACUGCCCAUGCUAUCUGGGAUGAUUACCCAGAGGUGCCACGGCAAAGAGAGAAGCUGACCAAUCCGACACCAUUCCACGUGCGGGAUUCACAACUGCCACAAAAAAUACAGAGACAGACGUCUCAUCCCUCCAAAACGCACUGUGACGAGUCGAGGCCAGAACUGGUGUUUAAACUCGUGCUCGGGAGCAUGGCCGUGGUGGUCCUCCACAUCGACCCCCUACCCCCACCCAACGCUUUACCCAGCCCCCUCGGCCCGAUCGCCACAGACUUCUUCAGCCUGGUGGGGCCGGGCCGCCUCCAGCCCGCUGCCUUUGUCCGCUCUCGGACCACAUUCGACCAAGCAUGUCCCCAUGACCACCUCAGGUUUGUAGGCCAGGGGCUGAAGAUCAACUAUGAGCACUGUCAGGGUUCCAGCCUGCGCACCUUCUCCACCGACGUGUCUCUGGACCAGAUGGAGCUGCUGGAGUGUCUCUUCUCCUCCGAGGGGCGCGUGGGCCCGCACAGAAAGGCUCAAUACACCGAGCUCCUGACAUUUGACACCACGGCUAAUGCCGACGCAUCAUCCGCACCCUGCCUUCACCUGCUGUACAAACUGGCGGAGCGCAGAGGCCCUCAGGGCGGGCAGGUGCGUCUGAGCACCAUCCCCAGGAAGGCUGACCUCCAGCUGGAGCUGGGCUCGGCCCGCUUCGAGCUAGACAUCAGCAUCGUGGACCGCCUAAACUCCCUGCUGCAGCCCCAGAAGCUUGCCACCACGGAGAUGAUGGCCUCCCACAUGUACACCUCCUACAACAAACACGUCAGCCUGCACAAGGCCUUCGCGGAGGUGUUCCUGGAGGACAUCCGCGCCCCCACCCACUGCUACGUCACCCUGAGCAUCCAUGCCCCCGUGAUGCGCUUGGCCGUCCGCUUCCCCAUCCCAGACCUGCGCUCGGACCAGGAGCGGGGCCCCUGGUUCAAGAAGUCCCUGCAGAAGGAGGUGCUGUACCUGGACCUGGAGGACCUAGAGCUGAAGACAGAGUUCAUGGGGGGCAGCUCCCCCGACCAAACCAAGAUGGAGCUCAUCUUCCGGGAGCUCACCGGGCGGUUCCAGGUUGAACCGGACCAGGCCGCCACCCGGUUCCUCCGAGUGUCCCACACUAUGGACGGAGACAUGGCGACGUCUGAGAGCGGCAAAUUCGAUUGGCCCAGGGUGGUGCUGAAGGUGAACCCCAUGGCGGUCCACUCCAUCCUGGAGCGCGUGACCACUGAGGAUGACGAGGGCCCCGGGGACCGCUCCCCCGAGGAGGAGGAGGAGGAGGGGGCGGCCCACUCGCUGAAGGACGUGUGUGACUUUGGGAAACCGGAGCCGUCGCCCUUCUCGUCGCGGAGGGUCAUGUACGAGAACGAGGAGAUGGUCAUUCCUGGUGACAUCGCCGAGAUGACCGAGUUCCAGGAUAAGACCAUGAACAACUCCCGCUUCAUCCUGGAGCUGAGCCUCCCCAAUGUGCAGCUGGCGCUGCCCAGCAAGGCCUUCUACGAGAAACUGCACAACAGGAUCAACAACGACCUGCUGCUGUGGGAGCCCACCGCGCCGUCCCCGGUGGAGACGGUGGAGAACAUGCCCUACGGGGUGGGACUCUCGGUGGCCAGUCAGCUCAUCACCACCUACGCUAAGGACAGCUUCAGCCAGUUCCGCUCCACCGGCACAGAGGACGACACCAGCGGCUCCGAGGAGGACAACCCCCAGUACUACUCUCCGGCGGCGGACCUCCACCCCAGGUCCCGCAGGAUGAGGAGCAGGUCCCAGGCCCAGACCAAGACCUCCCAGAGCCUGUUCUCCGUGGUCCUGAGCGUCAACCACGGCCUGGUGUCCAUUCACACCGAUGCCAAGAGAGAGGACAAGACUUUGCUGAAAAACAAACACGGGGAGUUCUGGCUCGAGGUGAAGAACACCACGCUGUUCACCGUGGCACAGUACGAGGGCUACAAAGACCAGCACUACAUCUGCUUCCACACCAGCAACAUCUGCAUGUAUCACCAAGGACUCGUGGAUACAGUCUCCCCCGGCACGGAGGUCAAUCUGCCCUGCAGGACUCGCCCCCAUUGGUUGGAGCCGGGCAUCUACCAAACGGAGACAAUCCCCGACCGGUCGUCCACGGCAUCAGAGGGCAUGGGCCUGGAGGCACACAGCAUGCUCUCUGUAGCCAUCAAGAUCUCAGCCCAGAACACAGAGCGCACUGUGAAGGAGCUCCUGGUAGCCGUAGGAGUAAGAGGAGCCACCCUCCAGCAUAGAGUGGUCCCACAAAGCCUGGGCUGGUACGACCAGAUCGUGGACUUCCUGAAUGUCUCUGACGAGCCGGUGUUGGGCUACACCCCCCCCACCUCGGUCACCACGCUGCAUCUACACCUGUGGAGCUGCUCUUUAGACUACAGACCGCUGUACCUGCCCCUGAGGUCCCUGCUGGUCAUAGAGACGUUCAGCGUGUCCAGCAGCGUCUCUCUGGAUCUGUCCUCGUCCACGCUCAGGAUCAUCCUGGAUGAAGCAACUCUAUUCCUCUCCGACAAGAGCAAUGCUGUUUCUGUUAAUCUCCUGCGAGACUAUGUGCAAGUGGUGGACAUGGGGACGUUGGAGUUGAGGAUUACCGCCGUCAAACCCGGAGCCAACAGAGAACUGUCUGAGCCCAGGUUUGAGCUGCGAUGCUCCAGUGAUGUCAUCCACAUCCGGACGUGCUCCGACUCCUGCGCCGCCCUCAUGAACCUCAUUCAGUAUGUGGCCAGCUAUGGAGACCUGCUUCCCCCUACUGGCCAGGACGCCAGGACCUUCAGCGCCCCCCAGAGGCCAAAGGCGGAGUUGCCCAGCAGGCCCCCGUCUCUGACCCCGCUGCUCCCCGAGACGGAGCAGCAGAUGCUGCAAGACCUGAUGAGCGAGGCCAUGGAGGAGAUGGAUGGGCAGCACGCCCAGGGCCUGCAGCACAACGGUGUUCACGAGACGCUCCAUCAAGACCACGACCCGCCUCGCUCGGACCUCUUCCUGUUUCCCGACGAGAGCGGGAACCCCACCCAAGAGUCGAGCCCCUCCUACCCGGCCCUCCACUCGCCCCUCAUCACCCCCGUCCCCAACCCGGCCCAGGAGGCGGACGACUUCUGCAUCCUGGACACGCCCGGUUCCAGAGGAGAUGACCGGAACCAGGAGCCCAUAGUGACCCAGCUGACCCCCAGUCCCAUAUCGAUCAAGGACAACUACUUCAGUCAGCCUUUGGAGGGAACGGGCUCGGGCCGGGGUGCCGUGAAUUACCCGGUCCCAGAAGUGCGCUACCUCAUCAAGGAGAUCUCUGUGAUCUGGCACCUGUACGGCGGCAAAGACUUUGGGAACAUCACCUUCACGGCCUCUCCCGCCAGGAGUCGCGGGACCACGCCCUACAGCUCCCCCUGCCAGACGCCGGUCCGACAGGUCCGGCCGGCUGGGGGCCGUCCCGGGGGAGGGAGAGGGAGGAACCCAGACGUCCUGAUGGAAAUACAGCUCAGCAAGGUCCGGUUCCAGCACGAGGUCUACCCUCAGGCCCCGGGGGCCCCUGGCUCCACCGCAGACCGGCCCGUGUCCCGGCAGGUGUUCACCGUGCAGGACCUGGAGAUCCGAGACCGGCUGGCCACCUCGCAGAUGAACAAGUUCCUCUACCUCUACUCCAGCAAGGAGAUGCCCCGCAAAGCACACUCCAACAUGCUGACCGUCCGGGCGCUGCACAUGUGUCCAGAGGCAGGCCAGGCCCCCCAGGAGUGCUGUUUACGGGUUUCCUUGAUGCCCCUUCGCCUAAACAUCGACCAGGAUGCCCUGUUCUUCUUGAAGGACUUCUUCAGCAGUCUUGCUGCAGACGUAGAGCUGUUCUCUCCACCCGACCAGGAAGCGCUCUGCGUCUCCGUGAAGAAACCGGCGGGGCCAGAGAUCUCCUGUAGCUUCUCCAAGCACCCCGGUAACAACCAGGACCCGGCCCCCAUCAUCUCGGUGCCAGCCCAGAGGAGCCUCAGCCUCAAUGGGCUGUCCACCUCUGGGAGGGAGGAACCCGACGCUGAUGCUGCCUCCUCUUCAUUCACAGACCAACCUGUCUUCUUCAGGGAGUUUCGUUUCACUUCAGAGGUUCCGAUUCGCUUGGAUUACCACGGGAAGCAUGUCUCGAUGGAGCAGGGAACCUUUGCGGGGAUCAUCAUUGGGUUGACCCAGCUGAACUGCUCCGAGCUGAAACUCAGACGUCUGUGCUAUAGACAAGGGCUGUUGGGGGUGGAUAAACUCUUCUCAUAUGCAAUAAACGAGUGGUUGAAUGACAUCAAGAAGAAUCAGCUCCCAGGCCUUCUGGGUGGAGUGGGGCCCAUCCACUCUCUUGUGCAGCUGGUCCAGGGAUUCAGAGACCUGGUGUGGCUGCCCAUUGAGCAAUACCGCAAGGACGGUCGCAUCGUGCGCGGGUUCCAGCGCGGCACCGCGUCCUUCGGCACUUCCACCGCCAUGGCCGCUCUGGAGCUCACCAACCGUAUGGUGCGCACCAUCCAGGCAGCGGCGGAGACGGCGUACGACAUGGUGUCCCCCGUGCCUGAUGAGAGGGAUCCCAGGAGGAUGAAGCGGAUUUCUCAUUAUGGGCUGGCUCACCAGCCCGUGGACCUGAGAGAAGGCGUGGCUAAAGCCUACACGGUCGUCAAAGAUGGGAUCACCGACACGGCGCUGACCAUCUACGACACGGCCACGCGGGAGCACGAGCACCGCGGGAUGGCGGGGGCUGUGGGCGGGGUCCUGAGGCAGCUGCCCCCCGCCGUGGUCAAGCCCCUCAUCAUGGCCACGGAGGCCACCUCCAACGUCCUGGGGGGGAUGAGGAACCAGAUCCACCCUGACGCCCGCCAGGAGGAGUCUCAGAAGUGGAGGCAAGGGGAGGAGUAG